AUGUCAACAUCAAGAUUAGCUAUUAGAUUAUAUACCUACAGAGGCUAUUCAGCUCCCUGGAGAGUUAGCAUCAUGCUAAAAUUGAAGUAACUUCAAUUCCAACCAUUUUUUGUAAAUUUGCCCAAAGCUGAGUAAUUAUCAAAUAUGUACUCUUAAAUCAAUCCACUUUAAAUUGUUCCUACUCUAGAAAUUAAUGGAUAAUUAUUACAUGAGAGUAUGGCCAUUGCAGAAUACCUGGAGGAAGAGUUUCCAAGAACCAAAUUACUUCCAAAGUCUCCCUUAGAGAAAGCCAUCGUUAGAUCCAUGUGUGAAACCGUGAAUAGUGGCAUUCACCCAUAUCAUGCAUCUAGAUUCUACAAAUACGUUCACAAUUAUGUGAGUGAUAUAAAUAGAUAGGAAAUUUCAGAACCUUUCUUGGAGAGAGGUUUUACAGCAUUAAACACUCUGGUGGAAAAACAUGGCGGAGAUUACGCAUUCGGAAACUAAGUGACAAUAGCCGAUGCUUUCUUGUACCCAGCAUUUAGAGGGGACGAUGUAUCUUAUUUGGUCAAUUUGGAUAAAUACCCAGCCCUCAAAAAAGUUGUUGAGAACUUGGAUCAACUGCCAGAAUUUGGAUAUGAGCAUCCAGACUCUCAAGGAUGAUAUUAUUAUUAUGAAUAAAUAUUUAUUACAAUAUGUAAAUUUCUUAGA